UCUCUAGGAAUGGCUGCAUGUUAUGCAAAGAUAAAUGAUAUCUUAUCUAAUAGCCUUGAUCAGUUUUCAUUUCCAUCAUGUGGUUAAGUUAAAGUAAUAAUAAUAAUACGCUGACAAAUAUGACUUUAAAUUAUGACUGCAAAUUUCUUAAUCUGACUAAUUAGUGCUACUAAUUACUUUAACAUUACCUAAACACUGUUAAAUAUGCCUUGUUAAUGCUUCAAUUCACAGUCAGCCUCUUAUGAGAUCCAGAAUCCAUUGCAAAUCAACAUGACCAAGCAAAAAAAUGUUAUGAAACUGGAAAUCUGUUUGGAUUUUGUAACCAGUUGCUUGCGAACAACUAAUAACACUAACAGGAUGAUAGAUGGGAAAUUAUGUCUUAGUCACAACCCCCCCGCCCCCCUGACUGAACAGACCCCCAUCACACUCUUAACCACCAGACAUAUUUAACAUCAGAGGCGAUUCCUGGUAGAUGCUAACAGCCUGAGAUAAUCUACAAAGGAAUGGCUCCAAAACAGGAAGUGGAACAACAGGAAAUUUGAUGUUACAGUUAUGGUUUGGGAACAUCUUUAGGUAGAAAGGAGUUUUUGCGGUGGAGAGAAGAACUCGCCUGGUGAGUAUGAAUCUUCAUGUGGACAGUUUGUUUUUGAGAAGUUGAGGUCAGUCAAAGAAGAAAUCAUAAUGCUAAAAGUUUUUUAACAUAGAUGCUUAUGUGUGAAUUGAGCUCACUAUGUUCUACUCAUAACUUAAUAGACAGUAUUUGCUCCAGAGUGUUACAUUAUAUACCUUCCCUCCCAAACUCACAGACAUGGGAGCGUCUGUGUUUUUCUAUGUCACCUACGUGCUGUGCCUGUGUUUGGGCCUGCUCUGUGUGCUGUGUGUGAUCUGCUGGAGCUCACGGUGGCGAGGUGGUUUCUCCUGGGAUGGUUCUGCCCUGCAGUUCAACUGGCAUCCUGUUCUCAUGGUGUCUGGGCUGGUGGUUCUGUAUGGCAUCGCGGUUGUUGUGUAUCGUGUACCGUUCACUUGGAAGCAGAGGAAACACACUUGGAAACUGGUGCAUGCUGGGCUUAUGCUUUUAUCUCUGCUUCUGUCCGUCCUGGGCCUCUGCGCCGUGUUUGACUUCCACAGAAGCUUCCACAUCCCGAACCUGUACUCUCUGCACAGCUGGGUGGGCAUCUGCACUGUAGUCAUGUUUGCAUUUCAGUGGGUCCUUGGCUUGGCUGGCUUCUUGUUUCCUUAUCCUCCAUUGUGGAUCCGUAGCGCCUUAAAGCCUGUCCAUAUCUGGAUUGGAAAAGCAGUCUUGAUCCUCAGUCUGACCUCCUGCAUCAGUGGUAUCAAUGAGAAGCUGUUCCUUACGCUUAAUGGAAUCACUGGUGAACCUUACAACUCUCUGCCAGUGGAAACAAAGUUUGCAAAUUCCCUUGGCAUCCUCAUCGUGGCAUUUGGAUUGAUGGUCUUUGGAAUCCUGUCCAAAAACAAAUGGCGGCGGCCGGAGACAGACAAUGAAAGUGUCCAUCUUCUGCUAAAUGAAGAAGGCGUAUGAAAACACCGUAAAUACUCUCUGCACUGUGGAGAGCCCAGAUUAUGCAGGUUUUCAUUCCAGCCAGAUGAUGACUGUAUUGGAUUUCACUGAUUAACAUGAAUAUAAAUAGUAAAAGAAAAGCAUGUUUUUUGUUAUUUAAAGUUUGACUCAUGACUUUCCAUGUUGUUAUAAUGUUGUUUUGAUAUACUAGAGAAAUAAUAGCAGUUACCAGUGUAGUAGAUGGAUAUUUUGAUAUAUUUCUUGUAUUUCUAAUGUUGAACACUGCACCACUCCUAUGGUUUGGUUAUGGAGGUUAAGACAAUAUGAAAGAUUGAAAAAUUAUUGAAUAAACUGACAGAAAGCAUAAUAGAUCGAGCCUACAAAGUGUACCAAUCAUCAAUAAAAGAAGCAAUAGAAUAAAGAUGCUUCUCACAUGCUCACUGUAUGACUGUCUCCUGCUUGAGCUUUCUGGAUCCUGACUUGAUUAUUUUUGGAUGAGGCCAAGUGCUUCAUCCAUCUUCGCCACCUUCAGCACAAUUCUGUCCAGACACUCAAAGUCGGUCUGCAGCCUCAGCAACUUCAGGUUGAGGUUGAGCCUACAAAUCCACUGUCUUAAACCAAUCUCUUGAUACAGUAUUUGGCCCUUACCUUUGCUGUCAUUGAC